CACCGGUCGAAUUCUUGCUCCAUCCAUCCAUCGAUCGCCACCGCCGUCUCCUUCCGAUCCCCUUUACUUUCACCAACGCGCUUCGCUCCUCUAGUUUCCUCCCGUUAUAAAAGGGGCCACACUCCCUCACCACCUCACCACCUGCCUCUUCCCCGACGCAUUCCUGCCUCCAGUUCUGCAGCACCGUACCAGCUCCUGGCCUAACAAAGUUAUUAGCUCGAGAGAAAGAGGGAGAGAGAGGAAGUUUCCUUCGGCGAGCGAGGAAGAGCACGCAGCAGCGGGGAGAGCGAUGGAGAGCGUCGUCGUCGACGGCAAUGGAGGCUGCGGCGGGCGGGUGGUGGUGGAGCUGAGCCACAUCAAGGACCUGGUGAGGCAGCUGGAGGGCCACCUGGGCGGCUCGCAGACGCAGGAGCGGUGCAGGCUCCUGGCCUCGCAGAUCUCCUCCCUCACCGAGCGCUCCAUCGGCGUCAUCACCUCCUACUGCAGCCUCGACGGCGGCGGCCGGAAGCGGCCGGCGGCGGAUGCGGCGGCGCGCAGCCCGCUCAGCGACGCCUCCGACGCGCCCACCAAGAAGAGGAGGACGGAGAAGGUGAAGCAUCAGGUGCGGGUGAGCUCGGCCGCCGGCGGCGACGUCCCGGCCGACGACGGCCACAGCUGGAGGAAGUACGGCCAGAAGGAGAUCCUCGGAGCCAAGAACCCAAGGGGCUACUACCGCUGCACGCACCGCCACACCCAGGGGUGCGCGGCGACGAAGCAGGUGCAGCGCGCCGACGAGGACCCGGCGCUCUUCGACGUCGUCUACAUCGGCGCGCACACCUGCGUCCAGAGCGGGGCGGCGGCGGCGGCCGUCGCCGCCGCGCAGGCGCCGGAGCAGGGCGCCCACACCCUCCUGCAGAGCCUGAGCGCCAGCCUGACGGUGAAGACCGAGGGGCUGGCCGCGGCGCCGGAGGAGGCUCCGCAGGGCUGGGCCGCCACCGCGCCCUGCUGCCCCUCCCCGACGGCGCCGAGCGGGAGGUGCCCGGCGCCGGAGCGCAGCCCGUUCUCCGCGCCGUCGACGUCCGAGAACUGGGGCGCGUCGCCGGCGACCUCGGACUCCAACCAGCACGCCGCCUGCUUCCCGCCGUUCGAGCUCGUCGCCGGCGACGUGCAGUUCGAGUUCGGCGAAGUAGUGUCCGCGCUCGUCGGCGUUCCCGGCGAGUUCCCCGACGACUUCGACAUCUCGAGCUUCUUCGCGUGAUCCGCGGCGCGCGGGCGGGGGAAAGAUUCUUACCAGACCAGACCGACCUGAUGAUCGAUGACCACCCCCUGUGUGAUGCUCUGGCGUUUGGUCAGGGGCAGGGGAGGGAAGAACACAAAGCUCUUCCUUGGUCACUGCCAUCCUAAACCUUAUUAUUAGGGUAUUUGAGGAUAGUGAUGAGUAAACGCCCUUCUCUGUUUUUUUUUCCGCUUAGCUAAGGGUUUUGUAAAGUAUCGGAGAUGUUAAUUCAACAGGCAUGUGGAAGUUUGUUUGGAAUUUAAGCAUCGCCAUCCAAA